AAGUGGUGUCAAUCGAACUGAAUGGCAAGUGGGUUCAAGCGGCAACGACCGAAAUUGAUCUACCGCUGGCUCAAUUUCGUUUCAUGCAAGACGAACAACCGGAUCGAUAUGAAUGGUUGUAUUUGGGUUCACCCCGGAUCGAACAAGUGUGGCGGAAAUUGAUCGAAAGAAAAAUGCUUGAUAAAUUGUUCCAUUUCACGCAUUUCGAAACCGAUUACAGUACGAACGAUGAAGACUGCAUCAUGAUUGAACGAUGUUCAGUGCCAGUCCGUGCAUCACGAAGAAACAAACAAGCGCCUGAGCCCAAUGGUUGGUCAUGGCAUCGAAAUCAUGAAUGUAACCAUGAUUGUGUGCGGCUGGAAGAUGGAACACAAAUCGAAAAAUUCAGCCUAUUCCAUCGACCAUUGGCAGUUGGUUUCAAACAUUUCAUGGACACUGAAUCAGGACCACCGUUCUAUAAAUCACCAUGCAAUCGCAAACUAAGAACAUAUGGCGCCAUACGGGAAUAUUUAACAAAAGUCGACUCAAAGCUGCGCAUCGAAUCAUUUUCCUUGGAAAAAGGCUUUCAACCAUCUGAAAAUCGCCAAUUGCCAUAUCGGACUGUUGCGAUCAUUGACCGUGACAAUUUACCGAUUUCCAUCUGUGACGGUGGUCUUGAGUUGGACAAGGAAUUCAACUAUAUCACUGAAAAUAAGUUGGCCAUAAAAGACAUCGAAUUGAAGAAAAACCUGAAUCGUUGCUGUAACUGUGCCAACAACUGUGUUGACAAGGAAAAAUGCAGCUGUUGGCGUCUCACCAUCGAAAAGAUGCUCGAACGGCCGAUUAAUCCAAAUUCAAAAGAUCUGUCUAAAAACAAGGCCGUUGGCUACAAGAAUUUCCGAUUGAAUCACACGGUCAGUGGAAUCGUUGAAUGUGGCCCUGAAUGCAAAUGCAAUGCGAACAAAUGCGAAAAUCGACUGGUUCAAAGAGGUUUACAGCUCAAAUUGCAAUUGUUCCAAACGGCGUCAAAAGGCCGCGGCGUACGUACAUUGACCGAUUUACCGCGCGGCACCUACGUCGCAAGCUACAUUGGCGAGAUAAUUGACAAUGAAACCGCUGUAAGCCGAUUGAAUCAUCGCUAUCAUUUUUCAAUGGGUGAACGGUCUGUUGAACGAAAGACAUCAUUAUCAUCGUCGAAUCCGAAACGAGGUCGACUCGACAGUGAUGAAGUUGUUCAAGAUUUUCUCAACUUUUUUCCCAAGGUGGUCACAUGGCUUGAUGCAAACGACUCCGAAUCAGAAUCUGAUUCGGAAUCCGAAGAAAAUACAGAAGAAAUAGAAGAAUUUGUGGUUGAUAGCCUUUAUUCUGGCAACAUUUCACGAUUCUUUAAUCAUUCGUGCAACCCAAACAUGUUUGAGCAGCGCGUGUUCAUUGGUGAUGAUGAACGUUUUCCAGUCAUUGCAUUUUUCACCAAGGACCUAGUAAAAGCCGGCGAAGAAUUAACGUUCAAUUAUCACUAUGAUUUGAAUGAAAGGUACCAUACUCUAUGCAGUUGCGGGGCACAAAAUUGCCGUGGACGAUUGUGCUGAGCAGUGAAUCGGUGAUCAACUUUUGGGAGUGAGCUCAAGAGCUUAAUCAACACAUAGGAUAUAAGAAGUCAAUAAGUUGACUCAGUUUUAAUUCAGUUUAAGUCAUUAGCAUCCAAUUUUAUGACAAAAGAAACCAUUUUUAGCGGACUAUGUUAAAACAUUGCAUGAAUUUACCUAAACUUAAUUUUAAAAUAUUUUUUACAUUUGCAUGAACCAAAUCGAUCACUAAAUUUCUCCUAGUUUGAGAAAAAUGCCAUUCACAUUUGCCAAUCAGCCAAUUCUUUAAUAAGAACCGAUAAGAACCCUGGUAUUUAAUGGGAUAAACAAAUAGUUAACUUUGUAAGAAAAAAAAACUGUCAGUACAUUCAAGUAAAUAAAUUAACGUCUAUUUUUGAAUGAAAAA